AUGUUUUAUUCAGAAAACCUUUUAUCUAAAGAAGGUCCAUUGGCUCAAGUCUGGUUAGCUGCUAAUUUGGAAAGAAAGUUAUCCAAGAACCAAUUUUUACAAUCAAAUAUUAUUCAAUCUACAAAAGCUAUUGCAAAUGCAUCUUCACAAAAUGAUGAAUCUGAGGCUUUAGCGCUUAGACUUUCAGGUCAAUUAUUAUAUGGUGUUGUUAGAAUUUACUCAAGAAAAGCCAAGUAUUUAUUAGAUGAUGUCUCUGAUGCUCUUUUGAAAUUGAAAUCAGCUUUUAAAUCAAGUGCAAAUACUGUUACUUUACCUGCAAAUGCCACUAUUGUUCCAUCAGUUAAUCAAUUAAUUUUACAAGAUACAAUUACUCAAUCAGAUUUACUUUAUCAAGAACCUUUAAAUCUUGAUGAUAAUGAGAAUUUAAAUCCAAGAAAUUCAGAUUUUUUUGGCCAUUCUCAAGCUAUAACAAAUCAAGAUUUUGAUGAUUCAAUUGAAAUUCCUAGAAAUAAAUUUGAUGAAUUGGAUGAUUUAGAACCAGGUCAAGAUGAUUUAGAUAUUGAUUUGAAUUUUGAAUUAAAUGAUGAAGUUCAAAAAAAUGAUCAACAAGAACAACAAAAUGAUGAUUAUGAUCAAGAAUAUGAAAAAAAUGAUGAUAUUGAUUUAGGUUUCGAUUUUGAUUUUAGUGGUGAUAAAAAUUAUGAUCAAGCUGAUGAAUCUAUUGAAGUUGGUAGAGAUGCUGGUAAUGAUCCAAAUUUAUCAACUUUAGAAGCAAAUAAUGAUGAUUUUGAUUUAGGUUUUGAUUUAGGUGAUGAAAUCAAUAAUUUACAAAAUGAAGAAAUUUCUAAAUCUCAAGAAUUAAUCGAUGAAAAUGAACAACCUAAAACUCCAACAAAGAAACAAAGAAAACCAAGAUCAACAAAUUUAGCUGGUUAUAAGAAAAUUGUGGAAGAUUCUUCAAUUGAAUUACCAAUCAAUACUUUUAAUAAUACAAGUGGUAUUGUUUCAAAUGAUGAUGAACAAACCCAUGAAUUAGAUUUGAAUACUAAAAGAACUUAUCUUGACCUAUUAUUAAAUAAUAAUUAUAUUCAAAAUGAUAUUGCUGAAAAUUUAUUACGUUCAAAACGUCAAAAAGUUAAUUCACCACCUGCAGAUGAUGAAGUACCAGAAUUAGAACAUUCAGAAGAAGAAACAACUACAAUUAACAAAGAAACUACAGAACAAGAGAAUACUGAUUUUGAUUUUGAUAAUGGUAUGGAUUUUGAUUUUGAUUUCCAUGAUGAUAAACAACCAGAAGAUGAUCAAUUAGCACCAAUUGAAGAGAAUGAAGAGGAAUUACAACAACAACUUGAAGAACAACAACUUGAAGAAGAAAAUCCAAUCGAUGAUUUCAGUUCAAGUUCAAAAGAUGGUAUUUCUGAAUCAACAAUUAAAAUCUCAUCACAAUUAAGAGAUCAAUUAUCAGAUAAUCAAUCAAGUUCAUUUUCAGAAAUUGUUAAAACAAAUGUUGAAUCAAAUGAACCUUUAUCAAAAUUACCAAAAAGUGAAGCAACAAGAGUUUUCUUUGAAUUAUUAGUUUUAGGAACUUCAGAUUCAAUUGAAUUAAAACAAAAUGAAUUAUUUGGUGAAAUUCAAGUUGAUUCAAGACCAAAUUUAUUUCAAAAAUUCUUAUAA